CUCUGUAUAAAGACAUAAGAUUCCCUCACAUGUUUCGCUCCACCAAUCAGAGGGCGGCUUCCAGCCGGCUGCUUCCUCCUCAGCCAAUGAGCGGGCGGCUGGCGAGGCUUAGCCGCUGCCGGGGCCCCUCCUCUCGGCCCUGUUAUGCGGCCAUCCAGGGCGCAGGGCGGGCCGCGCGGCUGUUUCCUGCCCUGAUGCAUGGUGGUCGGACGGAGGAAUUGUUGGAAAAUUGUGUCGGAGUUAAAAACAUGUUGCUGGCACAGAUUAACCGCGACUCCCAGGGGAUGGCGGAGUUUGCCGGCGGGGGCGGUGACGGCGGCCAUGUCACCCUGUGUCUGACCGAGGCGGUGACUGGGGACGAUGGGGAGAGCAUGGACACCAUGGAGGGGGUCAGCCUGCAGGCGGUCACCCUGGCGGACGGCACCACCGCGUACAUACAGCACAAUGCAAAAGAUGGUAAACUCAUGGAGGGGCAAGUGAUCCAGCUGGAGGACGGCUCCGCCGCCUACGUACAGCACAUCCCGAAAAGCGACUCUCUGCGUCUGGAGGACGGGCAGGCCGUACAACUGGAGGACGGGACCACCGCCUACAUCCACCACUCCACCAAAGAUAUGUCCUUACUGCUCCCCUCUCUCUCAGAUUCCUAUGACCAGAGCUCGGUACAGGCCGUGCAGCUAGAGGACGGCACCACGGCGUACAUCCACCAUGCCGUGCAGGUCCCGCAGCAGGACACUAUCCUGGCUAUUCAGGCGGACGGCACGGUGGCAGGACUGCACACAGGGGAGGCCACCAUAGACCCGGACACCAUCAGCGCUCUGGAGCAGUAUGCCGCCAAGGUUUCUAUUGAAGGAGGCGACAAUGUGAGCAGCAGCGCCCUGAUCAGCGAGGCCGAGCAGGAGAAGAAGAUGCAGAUUGUCUUACAGGGUCACGGGCCCCGAGUGACGACUAAAGCUCCGCAGACCAAUGAGAAGGCGUUCCGCUGCGACUAUGAUGGCUGUGGGAAGCUUUACACUACAGCUCAUCACCUCAAGGUUCACGAACGCUCACACACCGGGGACCGGCCGUACCAGUGUGAACAUGGUGGAUGUGGGAAAGCGUUUGCUACAGGUUAUGGGUUAAAAAGCCACGUACGGACGCACACCGGGGAGAAGCCGUAUAGGUGCACGGAGGAAAACUGCACCAAGUCCUUCAAGACAUCAGGAGACUUACAGAAACACAUCCGGACCCACACAGGCGAGCGGCCGUUCAAAUGUCCCUUCGAAGGCUGCGGGAGAUCGUUCACCACAUCAAACAUCCGGAAGGUUCACAUUCGUACGCACACCGGAGAGCGGCCAUAUUACUGCUCAGAGGCCGGCUGCGGCAGAGCGUUCGCCAGCGCCACCAAUUAUAAGAACCACGUCCGGAUACACACAGGAGAGAAGCCAUACGUGUGUACGGUUCCUGGAUGUGAUAAACGUUUCACAGAAUAUUCCAGCCUUUACAAACAUCACGUUGUUCACACUCACUCUAAGCCGUAUAACUGCAACCACUGCGGGAAAACCUACAAACAGAUCUCCACGCUCGCCAUGCACAAGAGGACGGCGCACAACGACACCGAGCCCAUCGAGGAGGACCAGGAAGGCUUCUACGUACCGCAGCCACCUGAAGACGUCCUGAAGGGUUCUCAGAUAACAUACGUCACUGGUGUAGAAGGAGAAGAUGGUCUCCCAGCAGCGGUGACACAGUCUGGCCAACAAUUGGCUCUUAUAUCGCAGGACGGCACCCAGCACGUGGCUAUAGUAGCGCAGGACCUGUCGGCUUUCCAUGCGGCCACCACGGAAAUGGGGCAGCAGCAACACGGUCACCAUCUGGUCACCACGGAGACACGGCCGGUUACACUGCUGGCCACAUCCAACGGGACGCAGAUCGCAGUGACGCUCGGCGAGCAGCAAUCCCUAGAGGAAGCGAUCAGGAUAGCCUCACGGAUACAGCAGGGCGAAUCUCCCGGGAUGGAUGAAUAACUCGCCCCAGCCGCCAUCUUGUACUGUAUUGCUCCUUCACCGUUACAGACUUCACGACCGGACGUGAUCUUAUAACAAGACUUGUGAGACAUUGAACAUUGUCCGGAGAGGGGGGGCAGUGAUAAUAAUCUGGAUACAUUUCAGUACCGACCCCCCGACUCCUCGCCACCGGAGGGCGUUACGUCUGCCGCUUCUGCCCCGUAGCUCUCUGGGCCGCCCUGUACUAUUUGUAAAUAGAGAUUGUUAUCGGCGAAAUUGUUAAUACUAUUUUAUCUUUUUGCGCAAAUUAAGUACAAAAAAAAAUAUAAUCCCUCCUCUUCCACCACCCCCCUCCCCAAUGUUAAAGGGACUGAAGCUGCUCCGCUGCACAUGAGCCUACAUCGCCUCCGUCAUAGGACAUAAUGAAUUAGCCGCCAUCUUGGUUUAUAAAAACAAAAAAAGGUUUCAUUCACUCGUGCAGGAUCUGUUGCAGAUGUCAAAGUUACUAAAUGAUUGUGUACGGCAGUGUUUCCCAAUCAGAGUGCCUCCAGCUGUUGCAAAACUACAACUCCCAGCAUGCCUUAGGCUGUCCGGCCAUUCUGGGAAUUGUAGUUUUAUGCAACAGCUGGAGGGACCCUGUUUGGGAAACACUGAUCAAUGUGUACAAUGGCUUCCAUGGACUAUGGAUGUCAGAGGAGAGAAGGUCGGGCAAGUGCCCACUUGCAGAAUACAUGUACCAGUGUAUGUGGGGGAUGCGUUUUUAACAGAACACAGUCAUAUAUGGCUCCUAUACACAUUCGAGCAGGCAUGCUGGGAGUUGUAGUUUUGAAACAGCUGGAGGCACACUGGUUGGGAAACAACGGAACACAGCAGCAGAUCCCUGUAUGUGUGAAUGUCUCCUAAAGCUCUAUUGGUAGAUUGACAGGAGUAGUCUCCAACCUGUGGCUCUACAGCAUGCUGGGAGUUGUAGUGCUCCAUGGUGGUCGUAUCCAUAAGACUAACAUCUUUUGGACUUAAUAUUUGCAUUUUAAGGGGAUAGUGCAUGACUGCGCAUCAUUAACCAAUGCACUGCCCCUUUAAGGCUUAUGGACCAGUGUGGUAUCACAUUAGACACCUAUGACAUCAUUGAAGUCACUCAUGUGAUGUCAUUGUAGCAAGAUGUUAGUCCUUAUGUAACGACCGCAUCCUUAUCCAGUGUACCGGCCCUUUAAGAGACUACAAUACAGGUCAAUAAUUCUUCCAUUGUAUUCUCUGGGGAAUCAGAGGAUCCGCCUCCUCUAUUAUCGGUAACAAUGUAUCAUUGUGACAUUUCCGUAAUAAACGCGGCGAUCUCCUGGGGGCGGGGUUACUCGGCCCCGAGAAUGUAUUAAAAUGAAAUAAAGAAAGCGUUUGCUUGUGUAGUUUGGGAUUAUUUCUUUAUGUACAUAGAUAUCUCUAUUUUCUUCUUUUUGUCCAGGACAUUUGGUCACUAUGGCGGGCCGGGGUCAGGGCGGGGGAGGGGAUUUGCACGCUUCCGUUUAUUUAUAAGCACUGAUUUUAUUUGUACUAUGAUGCAAUAAACCUUUUGCUUUUUUUAGAAUCUUCAUCCUAUGGUUGUGUUUUGUGGAAUAAAUGGAAUAUAAUGGUUAUUGUUGGUAGCAUGUGAUAUUAGAACUGGAUGCUAUGUAUCACUAGAGGCCCAAGGCCCGGACCCAUAGACCUGUGAUGUGACCCCAAGGCC